CAAGAUAGCUAACUGCAGCCAGCCAGCCAGCCAACUUCACCAAACCAAAUCCACCAACUCCACACAACUCAGUCCACUGCAAUGGCGUCUAUGACUUAUUGACCAUGGCCGCCUAAGGUCUCAACAUUGCAGAACAAAGACAACAAUUCAACAAACUUUAUUUUGAUUAAUUCUUGUCUUUUACUCUUCACACUACUCAUUGUUCUAAAUUCCAAGCAUAUAAAACCAGCACACUAGUUCAUUAACACAUCACACCAACACUUACAUUCCCAAACGCCACAAAUCAACCGCCAGAAAACUUCACUUGCCAAAAAAAACAAUGGAUUUCAGCUCCAGCAAUGGCAGUGAAGACACUGAACUUUCCCAAGCUCAGAUUCACCUCUACAAACACGUCUACAACUUCGUCAGCUCCAUGGCUCUCAAAUCCGCCAUGGAACUAGGCAUCGCCGACGUGAUCCACAGCCAUGGAAAACCCAUCACCCUCCCUGAGUUAGCCACUGCCUUGAACCUCCGCCCUUCCAAAAUCGGCGUCCUCCACCGCUUCCUCCGCCUGCUAACCCACAACGGUUUCUUCGCCAAAACCACCGUGUCCCGAGGUGAAGGAGCAGAGGAAGAAACAGCGUACGGUCUCACACCGCCAUCGAAGCUUCUGGUGAAAAGCAACUCAACGUGUUUAGCUCCAAUUGUGAAGGGAGCACUUCAUCCAAGCUCGUUGGACAUGUGGCGAUCGUCGAAGAAAUGGUUCUUGGAGGACAAUGAAGAACUGACUCUGUUUGAGAGCGCAACAGGGGAGAGCUUCUGGGAGUUUCUGAACAAGGAAACGGAGUCUGAUACGCUGAGCAUGUUUCAGGAGGCUAUGGCGGCGGAUUCUCACAUGUUUAAGCUUGCUUUGAAGGAGUGUAAGCAUGUGUUUGAGGGUUUGGGUUCUCUUGUUGAUGUUGCAGGGGGAAGAGGGGGUGUUACCAAACUGAUUCGUGAAGCGUUCCCUCAUGUGAAGUGUACGGUUUUUGAUCAGCCUCAGGUUGUGGCUAACUUGACUGGAGAUGAGAAUUUGAACUUUGUUGGUGGUGAUAUGUUCAAGUCUGUCCCUCCUGCAGAUGCUGUUCUGUUGAAGUGGGUUCUGCAUGACUGGAAUGAUGAGCUCUCCUUAAAGAUAUUGAAGAACUGCAAAGAAGCUAUUUCAGGGAGAGGGAAAGAAGGCAAAGUGAUUAUCAUAGACAUAUCAAUUGAUGAAACAAGUGAUGACAGAGAACUGACUGAGUUGAAAUUGGACUAUGACUUGGUCAUGCUGACUAUGUUCAAUGGAAAAGAAAGAGAGAAGAAAGAAUGGGAGAAGCUCAUAUAUGAUGCAGGCUUCAGCAGCUACAAGAUUACACCCAUAUGUGGCUUCAAGUCUCUCAUUGAAGUUUUUCCUUAAUUAAUUACAAGGUGUUGUGUGCUACAAUUUCAAUAAGUUUCUAAUUAAGACUCAAAUCUGUAGUAUAUAUUACUGCAUAUCAGGAAUGAAUUUUCCAAGCUUACUCUUUCCAUAGAGGUCAUUGUUAUUUGUUCCCCACCGGAAAAUUAUUUGGUUUGGAUCCCCUUUCGGUUUUCAAAGUAAUUAAAAAUAAGGUCAUGUUAGUUUCUGAGAAA